AUGAAUUCUAUAGUUGAGUCACCUGUAUAUAGAUCCACCAAGGCCAUUAUCAAACAAGAAUCCAAUUCAUCGUUCAUAUCUGGUGGUGUAGCAGGAGCAGUCUCCAGGACGGUAGUGUCUCCGUUUGAAAGGGCCAAAAUUUUGCUACAGCUACAGGGCCCGGGAAGCCAGCAUGCAUACAAUGGGAUGUUCAGUACUAUCUUCAAAAUGUACGCCGAUGAAGGUUGGAGAGGCUUGUUCAGAGGAAACCUCUUGAACUGUGUGAGAAUAUUCCCCUACAGUGCGAUACAGUAUUCAGUAUUUGAGAAGUGUAAGGAACUAUUGAGACGUCGAGAUCCCGGGAGAACGGAAACGUAUGGAUCUGAAAGGUUAAUAGCUGGUUCUGUAGGAGGAAUUGUCUCUGUAGCGUUGACUUACCCGCUUGAUCUAGUUCGAGCCAGAAUCACCAUUCAAACUGCCUCGUUGAAGAAAUUGAACAAGGGGAAGCUUGCGGAUGCUCCAGGGGUAUGGCGUACUUUAAAACAUGUUUACUUGCACGAAGGUGGGAUCAGAGGGCUCUAUAGAGGACUUUAUGCAACCACAUUGGGAGUUGCGCCCUAUGUUGCCAUAAACUUCUCAUUGUAUGAGAAGAUGAGAGAUUACAUGGACCAGCACAAGGAAGUUCAUGAUUUCUCCAACCCAUUGUGGAAACUCUCAGCCGGAGCACUCUCUUCGUUUGUAGGUGGAGUAUUGAUAUACCCAUUGGAUGUGUUGAGGAAGAGAUACCAAGUCGCCAGCAUGGCGGGAGGUGAGUUAGGGUUCCAGUAUAAGUCGGUCACUCAUGCAUUGGUGACUAUAUUCACCACCGAGGGCUUUUUUGGGGCAUACAAGGGGUUGACGGCAAACUUAUACAAAAUAGUGCCUUCGAUGGCUGUGAGUUGGUUCUGCUACGAUACUUUGAAAGAGGCGAUCAACAAGUGGUGA